AUGCUUUCCUCAGAAAAAUCUAAUCCAUCCGCAGCAAUUACUAAAAGCAAGCAAAAAGAAACAGUGCGACACUUGAAACGAAUCCAAUAUCAAGAACUAUCGCCAUUUUACUCUGCAUGUGAAAAAGGAGAUUUCAUCUACGUCAAAGAAAAACUAAAAACACUUUCGUCUGAUGAGCUCGAUCAACUGGAAUCUAUCGGUGAAACUGCUCUUCACAUUGCAACACGAAACAAUCGGCUUGAGACAGUGCGCUUACUACUACAAAGCGGAUGCAGUCGAAAUACGUACAAUAGUUCUGGUAAACUUCCCUACGAAGAAGCUCAAACUGAUGAAAUGAAACAAUUAUUUGCAUCUCCUAAUUCUGAUCACUUCUUUGAAGCGAAUCCACAAGAUUCUUACGGUAUUUUCAGACCUUUAAUGGCAAUUGGAAAACUUACAGAUCUGAAAACCAUUGAACCUGAGCAGAUGAAAACAACUGCAGAUACUGUCGGAAAUAAGGACAAAUCUAUUUGGAAUCAGGAGUUGAAAAGUGAAGAAGAAGUUAUGGAAUAUCUGACCAAUAGACAAGCAUUAGCCAUGUGGAUAAAAAUCUGUUCUUGGAUCUAUCGUAGAUUUGGAGGAUGUAUCCGAAGACGUGAAGAAGAGGGAAACGACUUUGCUCCAGAACUCUUCGAUUUGAAUAAGGAUCGAGAUUUAGAAAAAUUUCUCAGUUCUAUACCAUCCAAUGAAAAUCAAUCGAUUGUAACUGCCAAAGAAGAUACAGAAGAAAGAGAGAUUAAAACUUUGGGACAACGAUUGAUGUCUGUGUGUUGCUGCAGGAAUACAAUAGUUCCUGUACCUCAGUCUUUGCAGAGCACCGAUACCGAUUCUGUUAUUAUUACACAGCCAAAAAUGAAUAAUCGGAAAUAUGACUCUUCGAAGAGUAUGCACAGUCGAUUAGCGGCUAGUCAAAAUCCCAGAGACUUUAUUGAAGCAUCGAAGGAAUUUAAUAGCAUCAUUCCAUUGAUUCAUUUAUACACAGAGAAGAAUCUACGAUUUUAUGCUGAAUUAAAUAAAAAUCUAGCUAUCAUCGAUAAUAAUCCAAAUCGAGAUGCAUCUCUAUGCGAUCGUUUCAUUCGAGAAUUCGAUUUGAAAGAAGCUGAACUCGCUCAAUUUGCCUUUGUUGGUACAACAUAUCGUGGUACAAGUAUGUCGAUGAGUGAUGUUAUAAACUAUCGUAAAGCCAGUGAACAGAAUCCAAAAUGGAUGAUUGCACCUAGAGCUUUUCAAUCGACAUCAAUUAAUCGCGCAAAAGCUAUAGAAUUUCUUCAUUCCAAGAAACAAGACGGAAAACCUGUCGGCUUGAUGGUAUUUCACAUUCCUGUCGCUUGCUCUACUAUUCUUGCUAUCAAAGAAAUCUCAAGAUAUCCACAAGAGGACGAAGUAUUGAUUAUGCCUGGCAAUCUUUUUACAAUAACAAAAGUUACACAAUGUGAAGAUGAUCCUACUCUACCUGAAGUACAUUUAGAACAUGUCAAACGAGAUAUUUCAUUUUUUAAGAAACUUCGAGCUAUCUUCAGGGCAGCCACAACUUCGGCUUCAGGAAUCGAAUAG